GCCUGUAACUAAUCCAGUUCAUUCCACCGGAUCAGUUCACCUGGACUCCUGACGGACGUUCAUGCGCGGAGCAGGUGAGCUUCACCGGAUACGUUCUUUCGAGACAGCACUUACUUGACAGUUUUUGAGUGUUUUAAAUAAGUUUUGGGCGGCACGAGACAAUCUAAAACGGAAACCAUGGCAACAGGAGGAUUUAAAUCUAACAGCGCAACGGACUUUCUGGAGGAAUGGAAAGCAAAGCGUGAGAAGAUGAGAGCAAAGAUGCUUGGAGAUAUCGCCGCCGCCACCGGGAGAAACACUGAGUUAAACAACAACGGCAGCUCGGUUAACUGCGUCUCCUCUUCGUCCUCCUACCAGGUGACCCGGUCUUCCUCUUCGACCGCUUUGAAGGACGAACCGAAGAAACCCGAGCCGCCCGGGGAAAACUUGAAGAAGACGCCGGAGAAAGUGAGUGGUGUCCCGCAGGCGGAGAGCUCGAGCCCCGCUGGUGUGGAAGACAGUGAUAAGGAGAGUCCCACACACAGCAAGAGCAAAGAGAAGAAGAGCUCGGGACCCAGCGCCAGAAAGGGCAAAGGACAGAUAGAGAAAAGGAAGUUAAGAGAGAAGAGGAGGUCAACAGGUGUUGUCAGCAUACCGUCCAAUGAGAGCUUGGAUGAGCUUGAUGACGACGAUGGAGAAGAGAAGGAGAGGAAGACGGAAGAAAAUCUUACGCAGCACAACACGGUCCAGAACGAGGCAAUGACUCCUGACCCCGGUGCUGCCUUCUCGAUAGAGGAUACUCCGAGAUCCAGAAGUCAUAAGAGCGACGAAGACGGAAACAGACAUCGCCAUCGACACGGAAGGGAAGGCAGUGGCACUGCGCCCACAGCCCUGGAGAGAAGGAUAGAGGAGCUAGAAAGGGAGCUGGCCGCGGAGAGGCAGGAGAACAGUCGCCUGUUAAAAGACCACCAGGACAAGGAUGAGCUGAUCGUUAAGCUGAAGGAGGAGAUCGACCUGCUAAACCGGGAUCUGGAUGAUAUUGAAGAUGAGAACGAGCAGCUCAAACAGGAAAAUAAGACCUUGCUUAAAGUGGUCGGGCAACUCACCAGGUAGAACCCAGCGACCCGAGGAUGGCUAAAACGGAGUCAGCGUCUCGCUGUGGCAGCCGGAGGGAUUUGCUGAAGGACGCCACCGCCGCUCACCUCUGUCCUUUACGUGUUCUGCUCUGAUCUUACGUGUCUGUCCGUCUUGUCGUCACUCUCUGGAAGAGGAUGCGUGCGCGCCUUGGGGAGGCUUCUAGAACCCGGACCUCUGGAUGUCAAACCGAGCCGCCCAACGCGGUGUUACUCGAUGCCUCACGCUUUUAUGGAGGUUGUUAAAAGGAACUCGCCUUCUAUUUAAUGUAAAUGUGUGUAAAUAGGCUGCGCUGACUGUUCUUUUAAGGCUUACGCAGGACAACGAAAAGAGGAAAUGCCUUUGAAUGUACGUGGUGUGGCACCUAAUUAUUUUCUUUGCAUUCUUUUAUUUUUAUAGCUCAGAAGGGUUUUUUACAUUCAAAUCUCAAAUUGCUCAAAUCACACUUUUAGGAUAUUUCAGCUUCAAGGGCUCCUCUAUCAGUUAAAAGUGGCCACAGUUGCCUUUACAUUUAAAGUCUGUCUCUUUAACACACAUCAUUACCGUGAGUCCAAAAAGUGCCUGUUGGACAGGAGCCCACGUCUAAACGUAUGGCCUCAUUUUAAACUGGGUAACCGAUCUUUCCUGGCAGUUGGCGGUACUAGGAACUGAUUCCAUGUUUUGGCCUCCGAGAGCGUAGCGCAAUGAACGUGUCUCUGGCUUGGAGCUUGCAAAUGCUGUAAUGAAUAUUAUCCGUUAUUGUCUGAUUUUUACAUUUUACACGCUGUACAAAAGUUUACAAGCUGUUAAAACUCUUGGUAUCAAUAGAUGUAGCUAUUCAUUGUGUACGGUUAGCCUAGGCUGCUGGUGUGCGUUUUCAAAAUAACCAAAUCAAUUGGAGAUGUUAAGCACGUUCACAAGGUCUUUCGUAGCCGAUAAAGACGGCGAUAUGACAUUUAUUAUUUUACGUUAAAUUGCUAUUGCAAUGUCACCACUUUAGGGGUUCAUAUCUACAUCGAUGCUAAUCUACAAUGCUAAUGAAAUGUAUUCUGUAAAGUCAUUUGAGGGGGUAUCUUUUCUUUAUUCUUUUUUUCUUUUUAGAGUGUAUGGGGUGGGAGAUAUCUGUAUCCCACCGCUUUACAUCAUGCAUGUACAGAAGAUUGAAUAAAAGUCAAUAAAAAAAAGUCAAAUAUAA